UACGACCGCUACGUGUCCAUCUGCAAACCCCUGCACUACGGGACCCUCCUGGGCAGCAGAGCUUGUGCCCACAUGGCAGCAGCUGCCUGGGCCAGUGGCUUUCUCGAUGCUCUGCUGUAUACAGCCAAUGCAUUUUCCCUGCCCCUGUGUCAUGGCAAUGCCCUGGUCCAGUUCUUCUGUGAGGUGCCCCAGAUUCUUAAACUCUCCUGCUCCCACUCCACCUUCAGAAAAAUUUGGAUUUCAUUGGUUGCUGCCUCUUUAGCUUUUGGCUGUUUUGUGUUCAUGGUUUUCUCCUAUGUGCAGAUCUUCAGGGCUGUGCUGAGGAUCCCCUCUGAGCAGGGACGGCACAAAGCCUUUUCCACCUGCCUCCCUCACCUGGCCGUGGUCUCCCUGUUCCUCAGCACUGGCACAUUUGCCUACCUGAAGCCACCCUCCAUCUCCUCCCCAUCCCUGGAUCUAGCCCUGUCAGUUCUGUACUCGGUGGUGCCUCCAAAAUCAACAUGCAUGAAGAAUUCAAGUGGGAAAAGGAACCAUGAGUAUCGCGUGGUUGAGUGGCGAUCCCGCUGGCUCAGGUCUCGGCACUGCCGCUCCCACCGGAGCCAGCUGCGGUACCUCCCCCUCCACGUGACCAAGCGGCGGCAGCGACUCCGCUCCCAUGUGAGCAGCUGCUGCAACUGA